AUGAGCCAUGGAGCCAAUGCUGGCUGGGGAAGGGACGGAAGAUCGGAAGACAUUAAAGGGAAGCUAAAUCCAUCCGUGCUUUUUCUUAUCCAAACAUCAUUGAACUUUCUAUACAAGAAAGAUGCUUGUUCUUUCAUAGAGGUUAAUACGAUCACUCAGUACAUCCUUUUAUACCAGAUACAAGGGUACCGCAAAUCGGCUGACAUGGACAUAGGUGGAAUGCGAGCCUCCGAGUUAAAUAAGGAACAGAUGAGAAAAAAAUCUGGUCAUGCUUUUCAAUCAACUGAGAAAAAUGCAACAAAAGAUGUUCAGACAGACAAUGUAAUGACUAAUUUAUCAAAUGCUUAUGCUUCAGAUUUGUUGCCAUCCAAGGAUGGUAAAGAUUUAACAAAAUGUUUUUUGGUACAAGUGGUAAAUAUUCUUCUGCAUUACAUCAAAAAAAGUUUUGAUGUUAAGGGUAAAAUACUGGACUUUCAUUAUCCUCAUCAGCUUCUUGAAGGUUUGGAUGGGUUUAACUUGGAACUGUCUGACCUCCCAGAAUCUUUGGAGCAGUUACUUGGUGACUGUACACAUACCUUAAAAUACGGUGUUACAACAGGACAUCCUCGCUUUUUUAACCAGCUCUCCAGUGGGCUAGAUGUGGUCGGACUCGCCGAGGAAUGGUUGACCGCCCCUGCCAAUACCAACAUGUUUACCUAUGAAAUAGCUCCAGUAUUUACUGUCAUCGAAACAGUUCUUCUUAAGAAAAUGUAUGAAAUUAUUGGCUGGCAAGAAACAGAAGCAGAAGGAAUAUUUGCACCUGGUGGAAGUAUAGCCAACCUCUAUGGUGUGUUAGUAGCCCGUUAUAAGCAAUAUCCAGAGAUAAAAAGACAAGGCAUGACCGCACUCCUGUGCGUUGUGUUAUUUGUUUCCGAACAAGGUCAUUAUUCAGUAAAAAAAGCUGCAGCAAUCCUUGGUAUUGGAACCGACAAUGUAAUUGAAGUAAAAUGUGAUGAAAGUUUGUACCCCGACCCACACCCUAACAGCCCCUGCAACGUUCAGUCGCCACACCCGCGCCGGCAGCCGGCGUCUCCGGCCCUCGAAGGACGCCUCUGCCUUGAGCACCCACAGCCCACAGGAGUCAGGGGCCGCGCGCAAGCCGCUCCCCGGAUGCCUCGCCCCCCGGGGUACGUGGUACGAGGCCUGCACCCGCCGCCAGGGGCUGGUGCUCCGUGA